CCCAAUGCGUCUGAUGCAGUAAACCGAUAAAUACAUAACCAUCAACAUUGAUUUCUAACCGAGAAUACGAAAUUUAAAAGUGUUCGACAAAUAAAUUCUAAACGUAUAUAAUUAUUGCAAGACAGUAGUUCAUAUCAAAGCUAGUGAAAAUACGUGCGUGUGAAAGUUAAUUGUAUUGGACACAAUCAGGUGGAAAUGUUAAGCUGGCGGGUACUGUUGUGUGGACUUAUCAUCACAGUAUUACAGGAAACCCAAUCGGCAAGUUUGCCGUUUCUACGGCCAGCACAUAUAGGAGAGACAAAUAAUGUAGAAAAGCUAGGCACAAAAAUGCGUGUUCCGGCUGAGAUGAUCCGUGCUCGCGUGCGAGAGGGUGUACCGCCGCCGCUAUGUGCUGGCAGAUGUGUGUCGCCACCGGCUGGUCCUGUGUGUGCUUUCGAUGCGACCGGAACCGCUAGGACUUUUGCAACUUUAUGUGAACUGGAGGCUGUAUCGUGUCGUGAAAGUAAAUACUAUGCCAUAACAAGUAAUGGAGAGUGCUGACCAACGAAAGAAGAGCUUUUACUUAUAAAAUAAUCUAAAAUAAACUUAACAGAAUAACGUAAUCAUACACUAAAAUUAUACAUCUAACGAUGUCUUAAAACCCUUUCCGUCACCAGUUCCAACUAAAUCCUCAAUUACCUUAUUCUUCAUACAUGAUGAAGAAUAAGGUAACAAAAAUGUACAAAACUCAGGUAUAAUAACCAGCAUGUAAAUUAUCCAUAGCUCAUCGAAUUACGUACGAUUCGGUUGCACAUUUAUCCCACAUAAUAUUUAAGUCAGUUUUUCUAAGCUUUCAAUAAUACUGCAAUGUACUUGUUUUUCGGUUCCUAGUAUUAAGCCAUCGAGUAGCAUAAGUUGUCUUUUUAAUUUAUUUUACAAAGUACGAAAUGUCAUGUCAUCAUUCAAUGAUGAAUGCUGAAAUCUUGAUAAAAUUCAAUAAAUUUGUCAAAUAGUA